AUGAUGGACUGCAUCGUCUACAUGUGGAUGGAUGCACAACUUAAUGUGAGUUUUUUUUACCUCCAGCUGGCGACAAAAGCGAAAAAGAGCCGACUCCCAAGCAAUGGAGAUGCAAGAGCACUCGCGAGAAAGAGGGGACACCUAUACGGCUUGGUGGAGAUGAUGAGUAGAUGCUUGCAAAGAUGCGCCUCUCAUGUGCCACCGGAAACAGUGCAAGGUGGGAAACGGCGACCCACGGGGGGGUGGAGGAGAUGUCACGUGAGCGGAGCUUGUCGGGAGGUAUCGGCAGUUAGAAUGAGAGGGGUACUUCUACCGAGAGUUGUUCUUCGUUGUUGUUUUACGGUUUUUUUUUUUUUUUUUUUUUUUUUUCCCUGUGCUGGUCGCGAAAUUUAUUCUUAUGCGAAAACAAACAAAAACGAAAAAGGAGGAGGACCCAGGGGGACACCACGAACAGGCCCUGGCUCUACUCUUAGUAAGCGUUAUGGCUAA